AUGUCGGCAGAGGUAUCAUUACAUUUGAUCAAUGAUGGAAACAAGAAGAAAGAUCUCCCUUCUGACCCUCUCAUACAGACAUACACAGCGAUUCCAAUCCCUAAAGAAUACAUCUACAUGAAAGGAACACUUCCUUCUUCACCCACAUCAUCUCCUGAAGUCAUUCCUCGAAGCCUUCUUCAAUCAUUUCUUAAAUUUUAA